CCUUUCUCCCCGACACUGCAGUUUGUUGUUUGUGCAGUACCCAAGUCGAAGCUCUCUCUCUCUCUCUCUCUCUCUCAAUCGGAGAUGCCUCUGAGAUCCGUCGAUGGACGGGGAGGCUAACCUUCCGGCCCCACCAGCAGCAUCCAGGAAUCUCGCCCGUACGAUCACCACCGAUUCCUAUCCGAGCCGUUCUGUCACAUCCUCGGCGGCGUCGUCGUCCUCAUCUGCGUCUUCUCCGCCAGAUUUCCUUCGUCAUGUUCAGGCUGCAUUCAAGCGCCACCGUCCUCUAGUCACAAUGCAAUCCAAUAACAUAAGGCCAAGGCGUAUAUUGGUUCCACCAUGCAAAGAGUCGAGAUGCUCAAAUUCAAAUGUGGGUCCUCCAUUGGAUGCCAAGAGGUCACAAGUUGUAGUUCCAUUCAGUCAGGGCCUCACUGAGAAGAGUUCUACUGCCAAUGCAAAGAACACAAUCUCUGUUGCUGGGGAAACAAAAGAAGAUGCAUUGAUUAUGCGCCCUUCAUUUUCAGGAGCUACCACAAGUACAUAUGAAGAAAGUCAAGAUGGGUUAGAUGUGCCCUUAGAUCAAUCUAAACCGUUUAAGAACAGUACGGAAAUUCCUUUGUCCCGUGUAGAGUCUCAAGACUCUCAACACAUCCCAGCAGCUGAUGACCAGAAGAAGGUUCAGCUUUCAAUGGCAAGCAACACCAGUACCCAGGGGGCCGAUGGUCGAAUGACCACUGGAAUGGACAACUUAUCUUCUCAUUUGGGUUCCCUUGCAUUGACAGAAAUGGAAUUGGAUGUGAGCAAUCUGGUAGAUGGAUCAACUGUUAUCAAUCAAGACUUGAAGCAGCAGAAUUUUCAAAACACAGAAUCAGAGGUUAGUAUAAAGUCUGAGGGUGGGCUGACUUCUUUGUUGGCAAAGAGAACGACUCAUGCUCAGGAUCAACUGCAGCAAUUCAGAAAUUUUUUGCAGAGUGACUCAAAUCACCCAAUGACUCAGUCUUCCAUUGUUGGGUCAUCAUGUGCUACGACAACAUUGAUCAAUUCAACUUCUGCACCCAUGAUUAGUUCAACGACAUACUGUUCCCGUUCUACGCAAGAUCUUGGUUCUCAUGUGGCAGUGGAAUUGUGUGGCGACCUCAAUGUUAAUCCCCAGCCUAUAGCUCAAAGAGAUUUGCUACAACCAUCAUAUCCUUCAUCUAAGUGCACCACUGGAAUGCCAAUUGAGCAGACAGCAAAUGCAGCCCAAGUUUCUACCUCAGUCAUUGACAGCCAGAAAGAAUACUGCCUGCUUGAGGAGCAGCAAGGCUGUCGGCUAAAGGAAAAUAACAUUCCUAGAGGUCCCUCUCCUGUUGAAGACAAGUCAACUAAAGAGAAAGGAUUUGCAGGUGAUGUCACUGAUAUACAGUCUCAGGCUCCUUUGUCAAAGAACUCAUGUUCUGAUGUAAAGUUGGAGCAUUCUAAAUCAGAAAAACAAGAAAAGGUUGUUAGUGGUAAGGGAACAUCAGCCCCUCGCAAAAGGAAUUAUGACCCUGACCUGUUUUUUAAAGUGAAUGGGAAACUAUAUCAAAGGCUUGGGAAGAUUGGCAGUGGAGGAAGCAGUGAGGUCCACAAAGUCAUUUCAUCAGAUUGUAUAAUUUAUGCCCUUAAGAAAAUAAAGCUUAAAGGCCGUGAUUAUGCCACUGCAUAUGGAUUUUGUCAGGAGAUUGAAUAUUUAAACAAGUUGAAAGGAAAGAGCAACAUUAUACAACUCAUUGACUUUGAGGUGACAGAUAAGAGAUUGCUCCAGGAAGUUGCGAGUAAUAAAGAUGGCAGAGUCAAGGAUGAUGGAUACCUCUACAUGGUCCUUGAAUAUGGGGAAAUUGAUUUGGCUCACAUGCUGUCCCAGAAAUGGAAGGAAAUGGGUGGGUCUGAUCAGACUAUAGAUGAGAACUGGCUUCGAUUCUACUGGCAGCAAAUACUUCUAGCAGUAAACACUAUACAUGAAGAACGUAUUGUGCACUCCGACUUGAAGCCCGCCAAUUUUCUUCUCGUCAAAGGUUCACUCAAGCUAAUUGAUUUCGGUAUUGCCAAAGCCAUAUUGAGUGAUACAACCAACAUUCAAAGAGAUUCCCAGGUGGGUACAUUAAGCUACAUGUCUCCAGAAGCAUUUCUGUGCAAUGAGAAUGAUGCAAAUGGAAACACUAUUAAGUGUGGUCGGCCAUCAGAUAUCUGGUCACUUGGCUGUAUCCUUUACCAAAUGGUAUAUGGAAGGACACCUUUUUCAGAAUACAAAACAUUCUGGGCCAAGUUUAAAGUCAUAACUGAUCGAAAUCAUGAAAUUACAUAUGGGCCGCUUUCCAACCCUUGGCUUCUUGAUCUUAUGAAGAAGUGUCUUGCAUGGGAUCGCAAUGAAAGAUGGAGGAUUCCCCAGCUACUUCAACAUCCCUUUCUUGUUCCCCCAGUCCCACCUCAGCUACCUCCUCAAUGCCAAAACUUUGAACUGUUUCAACUGAUUGCUGAAGCUUGUGUGAAUGACCAAGAGGCCUCAAUGCUAUACAGUCGCCUCCAGAAACUGCUAACAGACCCUCUUUCAAUAAUUUCUGUUGAGUCAUUAACCUCACCAGACCAAUGCUGUAAGUUGCUAUUGCAAAUGUCAAAGUUUUGCAUUGAACUCCAGCAACGUCUAGCUACUAGUUCAGGGAACAUAGAAUAGUGUGUAGAUGACUUAAGAAAGAAGUGUUGCUUGGAGUGUUCUGCUUGCUUCCACCACUUGUGUAAUAUUUUGUAAUCAUUCCUGUUUUAUUGUGUUCUUAAGGCAAAGAAAGUUUGCUACUGUUUUUUGAUGCGUUUACCUGCAAUGCCUUGUCCCUGCAAUAUUUUCAUUCCGAUAGGUCACAUUCAGGCAUGUCAUUCAUGGGCUAUUAUUGAAGGAAUGCAGGGUACAUUUGUAUAAAAUGACAGUGUACUUCCUCUGUAUUUGGUAUAAUUUUGUAGAAUUCAACCAAUAAAAUACUUGUGGGUUUACCAUAA